CCUCUAAUCUGGGAAUUGACCAACAAGGGUUGUUUAAUAAAAGGGAGUGUGCUUGUGUUUGUGAUGUGUGUGAGCGAGUAUGUGUGUGUGUAAGAGAGAGAAAGAGCUGAAUCUGGAGUCUCAGCUGGGCUUGGUGGGGCUGGCUGUCUGUUGUCUCCCUCUCUCUCGGGGAAUUCCCCUCCUGACUAGAAGUCGUCAGCUUUGUGUUCCUUCCUUCAGUCUCUCAGUCAGCUGAGGAGGAUUCGGAUUGUAACCCCCACCCUGAGACCCUUCCCCUCCUGCACCCUUUGAAACUGUCAGGUGGGCACGAGGUCUGGUGGCUAAGCUGCCCCCAUGGAAGGGCGAGGACCAUAUCGGAUCUACGACCCCGGUGGUGAGGGCAAGCAAAGAGAGGAAUCUGCAGCUUUUGAGCAUCUAGUGGAGGAGAAUUCCCGACUGAAGGAAAAAAUGCAAGGGAUAAAGAUGUUAGGGGAACUGUUGGAAGAAUCCCAGAUGGAGGCAUCCAAGUUGCGCCAAAAGGUAGAGGAACUGGCCAAGGACAAUGAGCUUCUCCAGCCAUCUCCUCCCUCAUCUUCCUUUGACCACCUAGCUGAGCUCACAGGAGGGAAUACAAACCCAGAGUUGUCUCCAGGCAGCCCAGCUGGUUCCAAGAAUGAGCAGGUACCUGCAGUUCAGAAGACUCCAUCCAGUGGUACCUCAUCUGAGUUUGAAGUUGUCUCCCCAGAGGAACAAAAAUCACCUUCAGAUGACAGUGGUAACAAUUGCAUGUUGGAUCUGGCACCCUUGCCCAAGGAGGACAGCAACCUGAUGCUACAUUUACAGCGGUUGGAGAGCACCCUAAGUGUCUGUGCUGAGGAGCCUGACCAUACUCAGGUCUUCACCCACCUGGGACGAAUGGCCUUGGAAUUCAACCGGCUAGCUUCUAAGGUGCACAAGAAUGAGCAGAGAACCUCCAUCCUUCAGACACUGUGUGAGCAGCUCCGGAAUGAGAAUGAGGCCCUAAAAUCCAAAUUGGAAAAGGACCUAGAGCAGAGGGACCAGGCCACAGAGAAACUUCGUGAAGAGAACCUGGAGCUAAAGAAGUUGGUUAUGAGCAGUAGUGGCAAAGAGGGAGCCUCUGAGCUGCCGGGUGGACUAAGAACGGAGGUCUCAAGCCGGAAGUCCUUGGCGAGGCAGCAGCAGGCUGGUAUGAGCCCAGGUAAUAUCCCUGAGGCAGGGACUGUGGGAGCUAUUGAGAAGAAAGUGAAGGUCCUUGAGCAGCAGCGGAGUGAGCUUUUGGAGGUGAACAAGCAGUGGGACCAGCAUUUUCGUUCUAUGAAGCAGCAGUAUGAACAGAAGAUCACAGAACUGCGACAGAAGCUGGCUGAUUCUCAGAAACUGGUGAGCGAACUGGAAGCUGACCGAGAGCAGAAGCAGCGAGACUUUGACAGAAAGCUUCUCCUGGCCAAGUCCAAGAUUGAAAUGGAGGAGGCUGAUAAAGAGAGAUUAACAGCAGAAGGCAAGGACCUGAGACAGAGGGCUAAGUACCUCCAGGAUCAGCUGACCCCUCUUACUAGACAGCGGGAGUACCAGGAGAAGGAGAUCCAGCGUCUGAACAAGGCCCUGGAGGAAGCCUUGAACAUUCAGGCCUCUCCGUCACCCACACCCACUGCUUUUGGAAGUCCUGAGGGACCAGGGGGGCUUCUGCGGAAGCAAGAGCUGCUCACCCAGAAUGAAUUAUUGAAACAACAGGUUAAGAUCUUUGAAGAGGACUUUCAGAGAGAACGGAGUGAUCGUGAACGAAUGAAUGAAGAAAAGGAAGAGUUAAAGAAACAAUUGGAGAAGCUUCAGGCCCAGGUUACCCUGUCUAAUGCUCAACUAAAGGCUUUCAAGGAGGAAGAGAAAGCCAAGGAAGCCCUCAGGCAGCAAAAGCGGAAGAUGAAGGCCUCAGGAGAGAGAUACCACAUGGAACCCCUCCAGGAGCAUAUCUGUGGGGCCUGUCCCUGUGCAUACCCACCAGUACCCCCAUUCCUGCACCACCAUGGUUUUGAGGACUGGUCAGAAAUCAGAUACCCACCACCACCAAUGGGCACAGAGCAUCCACCUCCAAUCCCCAACUCCCGCCUGUUCCAUCUGCCAGAAUAUGCUUGGCGCCCCCCGUGUGGUGUGAUGAGGAACCAGAGUUCCCAGGUGGAUGCUGCCCUGGUCCAGCCUUCAGAGCCUGGUACAAAUACUGCUCAAGCAGUGGGCACAAGAACUGUCGGCUUCUCAGAACCGACUGAUCACGGAUUACCAAAGAACUAGAGGCCAAUCUAACCGUAUGACCAGAGCUGCUAUUGAAACAAAAUUGAUGGGACAGUAGGAGCACAAGGUGGGGACUGGGCCUUGUGUCUGUCCUUCUCUUCACCUCCUCCCCAAUCUGGACCCUUCACAGACCACUGGGUUUUCUGCGUGUUAGGAACUCUUUGUUUUCCAGUGGGAGUGCCCACGGAAGACUUUUGUUUCCUAUCUAGAAAUAGGAAAGGUGGGAUGAGAGAGGAGCUGGGAUCUAAAUCUCAGAGAAAAGCAGAGUGUUGUUACAUGGCUCUGACACUCUGCAGCUGGUCAGAACCCUCCAGGUAACACCGUCAGGAGCUCUGGACUGUAUUUUUCCCUUCUCUGACCCGUCUUCCCAAAUGGACACAUCCUCCCUUGGGCCAGUUUAUUAAUAUGUGUUGGUCAAGGUUAGAUCUUUGUUUUCAGACUUUAAAAGUCACUUUCCAGCAUCUGCUCCGGAACAGAUGCUGUAGAGAGCGCUGUUUUGGUUUAGGAGAAAAGAGUCAACAAGAUGUUAAUGUUUCUGGUUAAGAAUAGCCCCAUUUUUGAGCCUUAACUUUUCUCCCAGCACCUGUUUUUUUUCCCCUCCAGCCAUGUUGGCUAGAUACUUUGCAGGGUCUACUGUGCCUCAGUGUGGUAAGAGUGUUUGGGUUCUCUGCUUGUGGUCACCAUGGCCUUUCCCUCAAUAGUUCCCAAAGUUUGAAAUGAAUUUGGGUGUGUGGCUUUGGAAUGAGAAGAAGUAAAAGAAGAGCGUGUGGUGGCAUGGACUGGAAUGUGAUUGGGUGGUCCAGACCAGCUGUUGGGACAACUCUGAGACAGAAAACAAAGCUGAAGUUUUUACCUGGCUUUUCUUCACAUCCUUUUUUCUUACCUCAAGGAGGGUUAGAAUAUGGGGCUCUGUGCUCUCUGACUUCCUAAGUCAUUCUCUAGCCUGUUUACUUUUGUCACUUAGCCCUUCUCCCUGGUCCCAUCUCUGUCCCUUCCAAGAAUGAGUCUGGGGAUGAACUUUCCCAUUCCCUUCACCUUUGGGAAGAACCAGCCAGGGGGUUUGUGGAGCUGGCAAAGUUCCCACUGUCUGUUCUCUGAGGCCCCCAACUCCCACCAUAGCCACACACUCUGACAGCUUUUCCUUCCCUAGGAAAGUCCCACUUUUCCAGAUGAAUACUCUGGACCCAAGCUAGUGAAGCACCUUGAGGUCUUAGACUCUGGAAGUCAGCACAUUUGAAAACAGAAAGAUAAGCCUUUGGCCUCUCACCAGGGCUGUAUGUUAAGUUAUGAUUUUCAUCACUCAGAGUCAUGACGCACUACUUGUUUGGGGCUGAAGGGUUACCUGUGUGCUCCCCUCAGACCCACUGGCUAAUCUCCCACUGAUCUCUCCUCUCUGAGGUCAGGGGCUGUUUUUUGCCACAUCUCUUUUCUCUUCCUUAGGACUCUGUACAUAGUAGGUCCUCAAUAAAGAGUUGUUGAAAUAAA